CGCAGAGGCGGGGGCUGUCUCCGGCGGUUCCCCCCGGCUAGCGGCCGGCGGUCACGCUGCGGCGGCGGCGCUUCGCCUCCGCGCCGGGCCCGGGAUUGGCUGCGCCACCGCCUCCUCCCAGAAUGCAGCGCAUGGCGCGUCAUUGAAGAGAGACCAUGAUGGCGGCGGCGGCCGCGGCCGCCGCGGCGGCGGGGGGGGCCCCCGAGGUGAUCGCCCAGCUGGAGAACGCGGCCAAAGUCCUGAUGGCACCACCUUCCAUGGUCAAUAAUGAACAACGCCAACAUGCUGAGCACAUAUUCUUAUCAUUUAGAAAAUCAAAAUCACCAUUUGCUGUUUGCAAACAUAUUUUGGAAACUAGUAAAGUGGACUAUGUCCUUUUUCAAGCUGCUACAGCGAUAAUGGAAGCGGUUGUAAGAGAAUGGAUUCUCUUGGAAAAAGCUAGCAUUGAGUCACUGCGAACAUUCCUUCUAACCUAUGUCUUACAAAGGCCUAACCUUCAAAAGUACGUUCGGGAGCAGAUUCUAUUAGCUGUAGCGGUGAUAGUGAAACGGGGAUCAUUAGACAAAUCAAUUGACUGCAAAAGCAUUUUUCAUGAAGUCAGCCAGUUGAUCAGCAGCGGUAACCCCACUGUACAAACUUUGGCCUGUUCCAUUUUAACGGCGUUGUUGAGCGAGUUCUCAAGUUCAAGUAAAACCAGCAACAUUGGACUAAGCAUGGAGUUCCAUGGUAACUGUAAACGUAUAUUUCAGGAGGACGAUCUGCGGCAGAUCUUCAUGCUCACAGUAGAGGUACUUCAGGAAUUCAGCAGACGGGAAAACCUCAAUGCUCAGAUGUCUUCAGUGUUUCAGCGUUAUCUUGCACUAGCCAAUCAGGUCUUAAGCUGGAACUUCCUUCCUCCAAACUUGGGCAGACAUUAUAUAGCUAUGUUUGAAUCCUCACAAAAUGUGAUGCUAAAGCCAACAGAAUCCUGGCGUGAGACCCUCCUGGACAGCAGAGUUAUGGAGCUUUUCUUUACAGUACAUCGAAAAAUCCGAGAAGAUACAGAUAUGGCCCAAGAUUCAUUACAGUGUCUGGCACAGCUGGCGUCUUUGCACGGGCCAGUCUUUCCCGAUGAAGGUUCACAAGUUGAUUACCUGGCACACUUCAUUGAGGGAUUACUGAAUACUAUCAAUGGAAUUGAAAUAGAAGACUCUGAAGCAGUGGGAAUUUCCAGUAUUAUCAGCAACCUGAUAACUGUAUUUCCUCGCAAUAUUUUAACUGCCAUUCCAAACGAACUUUUCUCUUCAUUUGUUAACUGCCUCGCACACCUCACUUGUUCGUUCGGAAGAAGUGCUGCCUUGGAAGAAGUGCUUGACAAAGAUGACAUGGUAUAUAUGGAAGCAUAUGAUAAGUUGCUGGAAUCUUGGCUUACUUUGGUACAAGAUGACAAACAUUUCCAUAAAGGUUUCUUUACCCAACAUGCUGUUCAGGUCUUCAAUUCCUACAUUCAGUGCCAUCUAGCUGCUCCUGAUGGUACAAGGAAUUUGACUGCCAAUGGUGUGGCCUCUCGGGAAGAAGAAGAAAUAAGUGAACUGCAGGAAGAUGACAGAGACCAGUUCUGUGACCAGUUGGCCAGCGUAGGCAUGCUGGGGAGAAUUGCUGCAGAACACUGUAUACCUCUUCUUACAAGUUUAUUAGAAGACCGAGUGACAAGGCUCCAUGGUCAGUUGCAAAGACAUCAGCAGCAGUUACUUGCCUCACCAGCAUCAGGCUCAAUUGACAAUAAAGUGCUUGAUGACCUGUACGAGGAUAUUCAUUGGCUUAUUUUAGUCACAGGCUACCUCUUGGCUAAUGAUACUCAGGGAGAGACUCCACUAAUACCUCCAGAAGUAAUGGAAUAUUCCAUUAAACAUUCAGCUGAGGUUGACAUCAAUACAACACUUCAGAUUCUGGGAUCUCCAGGAGAAAAAGCCUCUUCCAUCCCAGGAUACAACAGAACUGAUUCUGUAAUUAGGUUGUUAUCUGCUAUUUUAAGAGUGUCAGAAGUGGAAUCUAGAGCAAUAAGGGCAAAUCUCACGCACCUCCUGAGCCCCCAGAUGGGCAAAGAUAUUGUGUGGUUCCUCAAGCGCUGGGCAAAGACUUACCUCCUAGUAGAUGAAAAGCUGUAUGAUCAGAUAAGUCUGCCAUUUAGUACAGCAUUUGGUGCUGAUACAGAGGGUUCCCAGUGGAUUGUGGGUUACCUUUUAGAAAAAGUGAUCAGUAACCUGGCAGUGUGGAGUUCAGAGCAGGACCUUGCAAAUGAUACUGUACAACUGCUAGUAACAUUAGUGGAAAGGAGAGAGCGGGCAAACUUAGUUAUUCAAUGUGAAAAUUGGUGGAAUUUAGCUAAACAAUUUGCGAGGCGAAGUCCUCCUCUUCACUAUUUGUCCAGUUCUGUGCAGAGAACACUAAUGAAAGCUUUAGUUUUAGGAGGCUUUGCUCAUAUGGAUACGGAAACAAAGCAACAAUACUGGACAGAGGUUCUUCAGCCACUUCAACAGCGAUUCUUGAAUGUGAUAAACCAAGAAAACUUUCAGCAGAUCUGUCAGGAGGAGGAAGUGAAACAGGAAAUCACUGCUACAUUAGAAGCACUCUGCGGCAUUGCUGAGGCUACCCAGAUUGAUAACGUAGCAAUUCUCUUCAAUUUCCUAAUGGACUUCCUUAAUAAUUGCAUUGGAUUAAUGGAAGUAUACAAAAACACACCAGAGACUGUUAAUCUCAUAAUAGAAGUCUUUGUUGAAGUUGCACAUAAACAAAUUUGCUAUCUUGGAGAGGCCAAAGCCAUGAACCUGUAUGAGGCCUGCCUAACUCUGCUCCAGGUGUAUUCCAAGAAUAAUCUAGGUCGACAACGGAUAGAUGUUACAGCAGAAGAAGACCAGUACCAGGAUCUCCUCCUUAUUAUGGAACUUCUCACUAAUCUUCUAUCAAAAGAAUUCAUAGAUUUCAGUGACACAGAUGAAGUAUUUAGAGGACAUGAGCCUGGGCAAGCUACAAAUAGAUCUGUAUCGGCAGCAGAUGUUGUCUUAUAUGGGGUUAAUCUAGUUCUGCCUCUAAUGUCCCAGGAUCUGCUGAAGUUUCCAUCCCUGUGUAAUCAAUAUUACAAAUUAAUCACUUUCAUCUGUGAGAUUUUCCCUGAGAAAAUUCCACAACUUCCAGAGGACCUCUUUAAGAGCCUAAUGUACUCACUGGAGUUAGGGAUGUCGUCAAUGAGUUCAGAGGUUUGCCAGCUCUGUCUGGAGGCUGUAACACCAUUAGCAGAACAGUGUGCAAAAGCACAAGAAACAGAUUCAACCCUUUUCCUAGCAACAAGGCACUUUCUUAAGAUGGUCUUUGAUAUGCUGGUACUUCAGAAGCACAACACAGAAAUGACAACUGCAGCAGGUGAAGCUUUCUACACAUUAGUGUGUUUGCAUCAGGCUGAAUAUUCAGAGCUAGUUGAAACGUUGCUAUCAACUCAACAAGAUCCAGUAAUUUACCAGCGGUUAGCAGAUGCCUUCAACAAGCUUACUGCAAGCAGCACUCCUCCUACACUGGACCGUAAGCAGAAGAUGGCCUUCUUAAAGAGUUUAGAAGAAUUUAUGGCAAAUGUUGGUGGACUUCUCUGUGUAAAAUAAACAACAAAACUCUAUGCCUAAUUUAGACCCUUUCUGCAAAAUGCACUGAGAAAUGCUGAAUGCUGACUAAAUCUUGUACCUGUCUCUGGGUUCUUUGCAGCCAUCUCAGAUUCUAGAGAGCCUGGAAUUUUGAACGUAACACAAUGGAAUAGGAGAGGUCAACUUUGAAUCAGCUUCUGCUAUUACGUGUUAGCUGCAAUCUGUCAUACUUGUGUGUGGGAGAGAAUGAACAGAAAAAUUGAAUUUAAAUUUUUUUCCAUAUAUGUGCAAACAGAUAUGGGCACAAUGAAAAAUAAAUUCAGUGCCUUCCCCCCUCCCCCCACUGGUUUAAAAUAUGAGUGGCCAGAUAAACAUACAGAUUUCAUUUCUACCCAAAAUCAUGUUAGAGUGUGAUGCAGAUACAUGCAAAGCUCUAAACAGCUUAGCUGAUUUUAAGCUUUAUUUUUCCUCUCUUGAAGUUUGAGUUUGUGUUCCAAUGGGGAAGAAAAACCAAAUGGUAUUUUAACUUGCGUUUAGUUCUGGUUUUCUACAUCAACCUGACAUUGCAUGUUUAAUGCACUGCAGGUUUUUACAUUAUGUUCUGCUGCCUAAAGUUCAGAAGAAUAAAAGGUGUAUAUUUUUGUUCCCCUGAAAUGAACUUUAGGAACUGUAGCCAUUUCAUUGCCUUAAUUUAAAAGGAAAAAAAAAAGCUCAUAUACUUUAGAUAAGAAAUUUAAGGCAAGAUUUGACUCUUCAGAGUUGGUUUAGGAUGUUGGCAUUAAGCUGCUGUGUACCUGUUGCAGCCCUUCAUGUUGACGUGUCAUUUUGGAAUGAGUGUCUAAUGCAAGGUUUAUGUGUAGUUUUACUUUCAGUAUCUGUUUUGAUUCAUAGCCGGGUUGCACGCAACUGCAGUGUAUUUCUACACUGAACUGUUUGCUUAAGCAAUAACAACUGAAAUGGUGUAAAUUACUGGCAAACCUUUUAAAGUUGGGGCAUUAGCUAAAACAAUUACGCUAGAACAGGGGCAUCAAACCCUGUUACUCAAGGGCCAUAUCUGUUUGACUCGGGUCGAGAAAGGUAAUUGGGAUGUGUAGUGCUGCGGGGGAUUUUGGUUGUCAUGAAUCUGUCUCCACUUCUGCAGAGCCCUCCCAGCUGCUCUGCUCUUGCUCAGUUUUUUAUAUCAGCACUUUGGCUGUCGUGACAGCAGAAUAUAGUGCCCUGAGGAUAGUGGACCAACAAGGGGGAGCAGCACACGAAUACGAAAGCAAGGCCUGCUUUGUCUCCAGUCAAGAGCCAGAGGAAACUGAAGCAAACACAAAUGCUGCAUGUGUAGUAAAGUGGAUUUUCGUGGAAAUACACGGAGGCAGAAGCGGGCCCUUUUUUUUUUUUUUAAGACCUCUGGUAGAUUACGCUGUUGAAUAUUUCCCAUGUGUUUUUAAAAUUAAUAUAAAAUGUACAGCAUACACCUUUACGUGGCUAUGUGUAGCAUCAUGUUUGCAACUCUGUGCCAUUCUUCAGCUAUUCAUCUCAAAAUUAGUCACAAUAGCCAGAAUUUUUAAAAGACAUAAAUCUGUAAUACUGUGCUAUAAGUGAUCUAAGGCUUUUUUAUUUUUUAGUUAAAUCCAUACCUGUCUCAAGCAUGGAUCCACAAGGCCAAAAAUGCCAUCUCUUCAUUAUACUUUUCUUUUUUAAUUUAUGUGAAAACUGGGCUAGGGCAGAUGUACACGUUAAAAAGUGACCAUAAAACCUGUUAGAUAAUGUACCUUCCCAGCUAGUAUUUUAUUUCUAAGAUAAUUUGCAUAGUAUUUUACAACAGGGGUAUUGCUCUCAAUUUUUUCUUUAAACUCUAAUGCUUUUCUUUAAGAGAUUUCUUGACUGUGCACUUGCGCAAAAGAUAAUGAUCCUGGCAGGUCCUUCUGUUUUUAAACUGUUCUGAUGGCUGAUUUUUUUAAAUUUGUCUGGGUUUUGCUGUGUUUUUGAAACUCCUUGUGGAGUUUCUCUGAGUUUCUAUGUUGAACAGGGCAGCAGUUCUGAAACCUCAUUUUUUCAGGUGUAGGACAUUCAAGCCUGGGAACACACGUGGCAGUAGGAGCUGCUAGUUUGUCAUGAUGUGCGCAAUGUCAAAUAUCUAGGCCAAAGUCUUCAAAGAGAUCAUAGUAAAUACCUUCACAUUUUUUGGGUCUGAUGUUCAUUUCUUUUAUAAUUAGCUCUGUCAUUGUCAUUUUUUUUAAUCCUAAAGCUGUCUCACUAUUUAAAAGUAUUUAUUAACUUCAAAAUUUUGAAAUCCUCUUGAAUAUUAUGAUUGAUGAAUGGGAGCACAAAUUGAGUUAGUAUUCAGGACAAAGUAAUGUGGCUACCCAUUACUCUUCUUAUCAGGCCCAUUGUGUUGUAACAAGCAGAGACGUGCAGCAUCUUUUGACUAUCAAGACUCGCUGAAGUACGAACAUUUACGUUCAAAGACUGAUUUUGAAGGUUGAUUAAAACUUUCCUUUGCCAUUCAUUUAAAAUUAAUAUUAUAUGUUUAAGGGAAACUGUCCUGGUAAGGGAUUUUUUUUUUUUGUAGUUUUCCUGCUUGAUGUUAUGCUAGACAACAUUCUUCCUUUCGUGUUUCUUAAUUUUUCUUCCAUUCUCGUAUAUUCAACAGGGAUCUUUCCAUGCCGUUUUGUGUCUCUUUUAGAGCAAAUGCUAAGAUGUCUCUGCUUAGUGACAUGUAUGAAAUUGUUGCAAAAGGUUCUGGGAGUAAGUUUUAUUAAUUCAUACUUCUGCUGGCUAGGUGGCUGCUUCUACCUAAACUAUCUGGCUUCUAUAUCCCUUCCAAAAAAAAAAAAAAAAAAAAAAAAAAGGAAAAAAAAUCCUUCAGUGAUCUCCUACACAUACAGUUGCUGUAAGUCUGAAUGCAAAAGCUCAUUCAAGUCCAUAGGAAAGACUCAUUCAUAGACCAUUUUCACAUUGAGAGUUGGCUCCACAUAAGUGUUCUGAAAUUUUUAUAGCAUCACUGCAUUGAUUUUCCAUUCGCUGUGCAAAGUGAAUAAUGGUUCUAAAAAUGCACCUGUUUUUUUGAAGAAAAAAAAAAGGCAACUCAAACUGAAUUAUAAAUGCUGCAUGACUUAAUUGUAACAAAUAUAUUUGUCUAGACUUUUUUUGCUAAAACAGAUUAUUGCUCCAGUGUUUUCAUUCUGAGAAUAGAAAUUAAGUAGCUGCUUUCCCAUUUUUCCAGCUCCUUCCCCAUUGUAAUAGCUGGUUCUAAUGCUGGCAUAAUAAUUUUCUGUUGUUCAACCUAUUAUUUUCGACGCUGGCAAGCGUGACCAUCUAGUUGGGUUAUGAAAUCCAAGACCACCUUGAAAGCACAGAUACACAUGGACAGGGAGAAGUGGACUACUACUACAUGAAAUUUCCACUUUCAUGCGCAUUAUGCCUUAAUUACCCUCACUGAAUUACUGCCAGAAUCUGCUACUUAUUGCCCAGAGGUUUGUGUUCCACUGUUUAAUGAUAAAGGGCUCACUGUUUUCCUCAGGAAUGAGAAACUUGUUUUCUCAGUAUGUCCAAAUCCUACUAUUUGGAAGAGAGGGGGUUGAAUCGGAGUCAUCUCUUCAAUAGUGUGUAGCACUCACUAAAGCCCCAGUGUUUACCUGGGUAAAUCCCACUAUAUCUAAGCCAUGUAGUUCUAGAAAAUAAGCUCGCUUAGAGCAGUCAGUUGUCCAUUUAAAGUCUAGUUCUUUAAAAGGUGAAGCAAAUUCUAAUUUGUGAUCUGCAAAAUUAUUAAAAAAUAUAAAUUGCAGCAUUUAUCUUGUAAGACACUUCAAGUAAUGUCAGUUUUGGUUAAAUAAUUAUAUGAGAAGGGGUGUUUUUUAUGGAAGUAGCUUGAUGAAUAUAAGCGCAGGAGUAGGAGCCAGGCUCCUCUAAUUUUGUAUCAGUUUUUCCACUGGAUCCUCUGUGGCCAUUGGCAAGUCGCUGGAAUUGUGUCAUUGUUGAAAUAGCGGCAAUACCGACCUACCUCACAGGGGUGUUGUGAGGAUUAUCUUAUGCCUAUAAAAUGCAUUGAGGAUCAGAGAUGCUAUGUAAAUAUUAAAUAUCUUAAUUUUAGUUUUGUGAGGUGUAAGAUUUACUGUAAUGAAAUCAGAAGAUUUUCAUAAUUACAGUGCCCAGUAGAGGCAGCAGUGGUGCAGCAUUCCCCAAGACUGGUCUACUGCAGUACAGUAAUGCUUGCUGUAAAUUGUAGCUAUUUCAAUUACAGCCAACUGAAAUGGUGGCAUCUUCUUAAAUAAGAUAAGAUUCCCCACCAGUGUGCCUCGGUUCUGGUCUAAAUAGUGAGAGAGGACAGUUGCUAGUUAUUCAGGCUUUGGUGCCUCUACUUGUGACAAGUGCCGCUUGUGGUGGUAGGGGAUUUUUGGUUGGGUUGGGUUGGGUUUUUUAUGCUUCUCUGCAAGGAACAAACACUCAUUUUCCCCACAUCUCUUCAAGUCACUCAGUAUAACCAAAGCCUAAUGGUAUAAAACUUAAAAAGCCAGCCUGGCCCCCCGACAGAUUUGUUUUUAAUGUGAAUAGGUUGUACCCUCUUUGCAGUGAACGAGAGUAAUGCUUUCCAGCACUAACCAUGAAACAAAUCACAAAGUGUCAUUUGCUCCAGACUCUUAAGCUCUUAGCUGUCUUACAAACCCCUUUUUUCAAUAUAAGAUUUCUUGGGGCCCUAGGAACCGAGACAUGGUAUCCCUGGCUUUCCCUUCUCCUCAGUGAAUUAAAGUAGAUUCUGCUUUUCCAUUUCUUCCCUUUCCCUAUCCUGCUUCUCCUUUCCUUUUAAGCCAUUCUCAGAAAAGAUUUGGAAGACCCUUCCAACCUCAAGGGAAAGAUACUACCCGUGUGAUUUUCCAGUCUAUUACAGCUUGAUACUUGAAAUUGAUAAAAUCAUUUCUAAUAGCAUUCCCCAGCACAUUUCAGUCUCUCAUUGAACCAUUCUAGAGUUUAUAUUUAGGAAAAAAUAUUACCCUCUUUUAUUUGUUCCCUUUGUGCAAAAUAAGGAAGCUCCAUGCAGUGAACAUGCAGUUUCAAGGCAAUAAAUGCUAGUACUGCUGUUGGUCAAGUUUGUAAAUAUUUUAAAUGUAUAAUUCAGUACUAUGUUGAGUUUAUAUAUUAAAAAUGCAGGGAUUGAAGUGCUAGUUGAUUUCAAGUAUUGUUUUACCUGUACAGAUGAAGAUAAGAAGUUGCAUAGAAAUACUUCACAAUUUGUUGCAAUAAGACUUGGGAAGUGGCUGUGUAAUCAAGCCUUAUCACAACUGAAUUUUCAAUUUUCAAAUGAACACUUUCUGUAUUAUUAAGAUCCAUAAGCAGGAGGAGGAUAAAAUUGUUUUCCACUAAAGACUUUUAUUAUUUUGUUUUGGCCAUGUGUGAUUUGUGUGUAUUCUUGUUUAAUAUUUUUCUAAAAUCUCACCUCUGUUGAAUCCCUGAAAUAGCAUUUGUUAUAUCUUCUUACGGUAGAAACAAAAAUAGUAACAUUAUGAAACCUCAGGCUACACAUUGUGCUCUUUGGCUACUGUGAACGCACACAGUAAUUCAGUUAAAAUUGAUGGGGUAACUUUAAUUUACAUUGGCGCUUAAGGCACGAGUUUGUCCAUCAACAGAAAAGUGAAAAACAACAAUGUGAUCAGGUGUGUGACAGGAGUAUCUCACACUGGACUGCAAUUACCAGAAGUGGUAAUUAAUUAAUCUUUUCCCCCAUCCUCCAAAAAAAAAAAAAGCUUAAUGGUUACUUUUCAGGUCACUGUUAUUGGUGGUGUUUGUGUACCCAGAAGGAACACUGAUUUCUGGGUCUUAAUUUUUUUUUUUGUGUAGAUAUAAUCUAAACAGUUUCUGUUGAUGCCUGGCAUGGAAAUGUUUUCCAAGCUCGUAAUCUGUUCCCAUGUACGGGACAUCCAACAGUAUGUUACUUCAUGUAUAUCAGAAGAGUUCAGUUAAAGGCAGCAGUUCCGAAUGUGCUAUAAUACAAUUACAUUUGGAUAAACUACAAAUAUUGUCAGUUACAUUUGGAUAAACUACAGCUGUCUUCUAUUGUUCGCCUCUUACUUUCAUGCACUCACCUCUUUAAAAAAAAAAAAAAAAAAAAAAGCUUCACGAAUCCUGAAAGUAAAACUACAGUUAUGGUGGUGACAGCUUGCUAUGCAUCUUGGCCGUAUGCGUCACUAGGCUUUUACUGGUUUCAGAAGUAAAAUUAUUGCAGUUAUAUGUUUAUUUUGGCCUGGUUUAGUGCAGUGAGCAUUUUGGUGAAAGACAGAAACAUUUAAGGUAAUUUUGAGCAAAUCCCUGAAAGCAGCUGGUAAGAUUAACAGCAGCGUAUCCAAGAGCCUUUCAUGUAGAAAAUUGAAUUAUUCUGCUUUACCUUAAAUAUGAGGUCUGGAAUAAACUUGAAUGAUUUGGGUACAAAGUCUUUAUUCACACUUGUUUGUGUAAGUGUAUGCAAAACCCAUCAAUUUUGCCUUUAUGAAGCUUACAUUUGCCUCAGUCGUGAGUGGUGGAGUUGGUGGUGGGUUGUUUUCCUUCAUUGAUUUGGAUUUGCCAUGUAUUAUAAGCAGAAAGGUAGAAAGCUCUGCCUUCCCACUGAAAUUUGUCUGGCAGGUCAACCGAGGAGGAGGUCGUACGUGAACUGGAAGAGGGGAGGAGGAAGGGGAGACAGUAAAAAGUUUGCAACCUUAUGUGGAGAAAAAAAAUAAAUCAAGCUAAUCUGUAAGAAGAAAAAGAAAUCCAUAAUACAAGUAUCAUCCUAUAACUUGGUGACUUGUGUCAUCCUGACAAGGAUUAGUAAAAGCCUGCCGUUUCAUCAACACAUUUUUUUGGGGGAAAAGAAAAAGUUCUAUUUUGGAAUUGUAUGCGAUGCGGUACUACUGGUGUGAGCUUUGUUAAUUAAAUAAUAAAAUCUUUAUUUUGCCAAACAUUCCAGACAGACCUACAUCUCCAAAGAGAACACUGAAGUUGCCCACUGUGACCGAUACAUAAUGCAUUACGAGUUUUUCUUCCAUUUACAUUUGAAUCUCAUGGAACAAUGGUUUUCACCUUACCAUCUACCAGAAGUUGUCAGAUUUGAUUUUCCUGACACUGUUGCCUUUGCAAGUUAGAGUAAGGCAGAGCUUUGGGUGUGAUGUACCUUCCCCUUUUCUUCCCCUCUCUCUCUGGCCUACUGUUCUUGGUUGCGAAGGCGUGAAUGUUUGAUUUGCUUUAACCUACUGUUUUGGAUGAUGUGGUUUGGGUUUGUGGCAUAUUCAGACAGCUUCCAAUCUCUGUGUUCGGUGUGUACUGAAUGAAAGUCGUCACUAGACUCCAGCACAAGUAUUGAUUUGAAAGCCUCGCUUACAACUUGGUUUAAUAAGUUGUCAGGACGUUUUGCUUUAAUUGUAGAACUGCACCGAUACUUCUAAUGGUCUUUUGUUCAUUCAAAUGAUUGUUGUAACUCAGAAAAAAACCCCAAAGCCAAAAUCCCACCACCACACUGUGGAGUCUUUAGGAAGAUCACUGAUGUCCUCACACGAGAUCAACACUGCUUUGGGGAAGGCUUAACACUCUUCUGCCACUUUAAGGAAAGACUGUUCUUCUGAAGUACUUUUUGCCUGCUUUUAGGCUGUUAUGCACUUUCAUGAUUUCUUAACAAACUACUGUUAAAAAUGUACUGUAACAUGGAUUUUGAUAAGCGCACAUGUAUUUAAACAAUUCACUCAGCCUCAGGAAAGCUGGAAAAAUCAGAUACCUGUUUUGUAUCUUGGUUAAAAUGUUUGUUAUCUACGUCCCUUAAGAUGGCCAGAUAAUGUCUAGAUCCUGUAACUAUUUAAGAUACCAGAAUAGUCUGUAAAAGGAGGACAGUGUAAUGUUACUCUAGGGACUGAGAAAAUGGUGUCCUUCUCUUAUUUUUCUUAGAGGUAUAUAUAGUCUGAAUUGGAGUUUCAAAAACAAAAAACAGUGAUAAACCCCAUUUACUGUUCAGGAAAAAAAAUGUUUUCUUUCUAACACUAGCGUAUUUCUAUUUUCUUCCUCCUCCUGAAAAAGCGUGUGUGAAAUAAGUGCCGAGGUAUGUGUAGGAAAACUGUAAAAUCUGCUGCUGUACAUAAUGUUUGCUACUUGACUGCAUUUUCUGUUCCACCUUAAUUUUACUGGUUUUGCUAAAUAUAUUUUAUAUAUUUUC